AUGAACAUCAACGGACUGUUCGCUCACAGCCUGACGGACCUGAUUCGCGGCAUCCGUCAGAACAAAAAGAAUGAGCAGGGCUACAUUGCCAAGGAAAUUGCAGACAUUCGUCUGGAGCUCCGUCGCAACGACCCAGACCUCAAAGCACAGGCGAUUGCCAAACUGACUUAUCUUCAAAUGAUGGGCUAUGAUAUGUCAUGGGCUUCUUUCCAUGUCGUCGAGGUCAUGUCGUCUCCAAAGUUCCUCUACAAAGGAAUCGGAUAUCUGGGCGCCGUUCAAUCAUUCAACCAGGAGACCGAUGUGCUCAUGCUGACUACCAAUCUCAUCAAGAAGGAUCUUGCGUCUUCCAAUGCAAGCGAAAUCGGAAUCGCCAUCAACGGAUUGUCACAUAUCCUCACGCCGGACCUUGCACGCGACCUCUGCGCGGACCUUGUUGCCAUGCUGAACCACUCGCGACCCAUUGUUCGCAAGAAGGUCCUCUUGGUCCUUUACAAGGUCUUCCUCAAGUACCCUGAGGGUCUUCGUCUCUCGUUUUCACGGAUGAAGGACCGCCUGGAGGAUCCUGACCCUUCUGUUGUUUCUGCUGCCGUGAACGUCAUUUGCGAGUUGGCUCGGAGGAACCCCAAAAACUAUCUUUCCCUUGCGCCUCAGCUCUUCAAACUUUUGACAACCUCGUCCAAUAACUGGAUGCUUAUCAAGAUCAUCAAGUUGUUUGCGGCCUUGACGCCUUAUGAGCCUAGGUUGACAAAGAAGCUGCUCCCACCCAUCACGACUCUUAUUCAAACAACACCUGCCAUGUCGCUCUUGUACGAGUGUAUCCACACUGUCAUUGCAGGAGGAAUGUUGGCCACAACAGGAUCAGGAAGCAAUGCCGAAAGCGCCAACAUGCUCGCCGCAACCUGUGUCACCAAGCUCCGUACCUUCCUGGAGGACCCUGACCAGAACUUGAAGUAUAUUGGAUUGUUGGCAUUGACCAAGAUUCUGCCAACACACCCUCACCUCGUGGCGGAGCACAAGGACAUUAUUCUCAAGUGUAUCGACGAUCCCGAUAUUUCGAUCCGCAUGAGGACUUUGGAUCUCAUUGUGGGAAUGGCUAACAAGAAGAAUUUGACUGAGAUUGUGAAGCGUCUGAUCUCACACUUGCUGCCCAUCAACGAAAACGAGGUUACUACUUCCUCGUCACUCAACAACGGCGCCGCUACGGCCGCUCUGAUGGACCCCGCCUACCGUGCCGACAUUAUUCGCAAAAUCAUCUUCAUCUGCUCUCAAAACUCCUAUGCCAACAUUACCAACUUUGAAUGGUACCUUGCCGUUCUUUCCGACUUGACAAACAUUGCUGGAGUGAACGUCGGAGAGUCGCUCAUGCAGCAGUUCAUGGAUGUCGGUGUCCGUGUCAAGAGUGCUCGAUCCUACACAGUUCAACUGAUGAUGCGCCUGUUGGCGGACACGAAGCUGACAGAGCCAAGUCGUCCUGAGGACUCCAACUCAAUGGUUCUCCUCGCUGCUGCAUGGUUGACCGGAGAGUACUGCGCAUUGCUUGAGACUCCCGAGACUGCCUUGGAGCUCUUGGCACAAAAAUCGACCGCGAAGCUGGACCCUGCCAUUCAGGCGACUUACUUGCAGACCAUGCUCAAGAUCUUUGCAUACUGGAUGAACAGUCUGCAAUACUCAUGGAACGAGGAGGCGAGACAGUCUCUUGUCGAGAUGCUCGAUCUCCUUCGCGAGGGCAUCAAGGACAUGUUCAGUCGCAGCCCUGAUCUGGAAGUUCAGGAGAGAGCAUCCAAUAUCUCUGUCAUUCUGGAUAUUAUCGCAGAGCAUGUCCCCAGAACCCCACUCAAGAUUGCCAACUCGAUCUCGUUUGCACCUACCAUGCCGAAGCCCCCAGCUGUUCUCGGAUCCCUUUACCCUCUCUUUUUCAACCAGGAGCUUAACCCAGUUGCACCCAAGGCCCAGAAGAAGGUUCCCGUCCCCGAGGGUCUGGAUUUGGAGUCGUGGAUCCAUGAACCCGUGCCCGAGCAGGAGCCCGAGUCGUCGGACGAUGAUGACUUCUUGAACGAGCGCCCAUCUCGCUGGGGCGAGGAGGCAGUAUCUGGAAAAUCAAAGAAGAAGGGCAAGAAGGGCCGCGACCAGGAGGAUACCAAGGAGAGCGCCGAAGCCAAAGCUAAGCGCAAGUCCGAAAGACGCGAGCGUCAGAAGCACGAUCCUUACUACAUUGGAGGAGGAGGAGGAGACGACUCUCCCAAGAGCCGGAAGAAGAGCCAGGACGAUCUGGAUGUUGACUCGAUCCCAAUUGUUCAGUUGAGCAUGGAUGGUUUCGCCAAGCCCAUUGUGAUGAGCAAGAAGGACAAGUCUUCAAAGAAGAAGUCCAAGAGACGCGAGCGGUCUCGGUCGCCGCCCGUCAUCCCCGUCGAGUUUGCGGUCGAAGAGAUGCCUGAGGAUGCCACCUUGUCGGCCAGUGAGGACGAGAGCAGCAAGAAGGCCCAGGGCCGUGGUGGAGUCAGUGGGUCGAACGGCCGAGGAAUUUUGGAUCAGGACAACUCUGCCCUUCACGAUGUUGAUCUGUCUGUCCCCGUUGGAGAGGAUGAGCACCUUCCUCGCGCCAAGCCUUACAUGAAGCCAGAGGAGGUUCGUCAGUAUGAGGAUGAGCUUGCUCAGCGCCGUCGUGUCGAAGCCUUGCAGGCCAAGAAGGAGUCCAAGAAGUCGAAGAAGACCAAGAAGGAGUCGACUGGUGAGGGUGAGGAGGAAAAGAAGAAGAAGAAGAGCUCCAAGAAGUCAAAGACCAAGGAGGAGCCACUGAUUACUCUUGAGCCCCCUGUGGUUUCAAAGUCUCCUACUCCUGAGAGACCUCGCUCCGUUGAGCCACCAGCCCCUGUGGAGGCCGCUGCUGUUCCCGAGGAGGCCAAGUCCAAGAAGUCUAGCAAGUCUAGCUCCAAGACCAAGAAGAGCUCCGCCAUCAAGAGCAGCACGACUUCCAAGAAGACCCCCAAGGUCCCUGUCAUUGUUGCUUUCCCUGAGCGAUCCAACAUCGAGCUUGCUCUCGACGACAACAUUGCCCUUACGUAUGAUAUUGCGCUUGCUCAGGUCAGCUUGGAUGCACCCACGGCGCCUGGUUCUGAGCCCGAGAGUGAGCCAACUGUGUCGAUCCAGUUCAAGGUGCAUAAUCGAAACCUAACGGAGUCUAUUUCAUCGAUCCGUGCAACCUUGGCGGAUUCGUUUGAUGUUCGUUUGGGCGGCGCUCAGGCCGGCGAAGAUAGCGUGAGACUUUCGACAUCGUCGAUUGAACCCCAGAGCUCUGCCAGUAUGACGAUGGAUCUGUUGAUUCUGGGUCGUGUCCGGUAUGAACUCCGGGUGAUGGGCACGCUGUUCUAUGAGGCCAAUGGCCACGAAGAGUCGAUCGAGUACAACUUUGCGGUGCCUCCUUCAAGCUUUAUGCUGGCGAUCCCCCGGUUGACUGGAGCAGAUUUUUCCAAGAUCUUGACGGAGCAGCUCGAGGCGUUUUCGGCAACAGGAUCGGCGACGGUGACGUUGUCAUCGGGUACGACGGGACAGGACGAGGUGUUUUGGGACGCGGUGGAGAAGAUAACGAAGGAGGUGACACAUACCCAUGUGGUGGAGGUUGUUGAUGGUGCGGCCAGUUUCUUUGGUCAGAGCUGGCAGGGAUACCAGGUUGCGGGCCUGAUCAAGGUGAACAAGGGAACGGACACGGACGGAAGCGGAUCGAAGACGAUCGAGGUUGAGAUGAAAUGUACGGACCAGACGUUUGUUGACGGGCUUGCGAAGGAGAUCCUUGACGUGGAAGUGUACUAG